ACCCAUGACUCAUUCCAUAUACUUGCAUUAGGCCGGUGGAACCCUUGAAUUUGACAAAAUCGUUCUUGUGUGUCCGCUAUUUUUCCUACUGGGCCUGUCGAUCACACAAUAGGUGUGUCUACUAUUCAAUGUAAAUAGCUUUAUACUAACACUCUCCUGUACAUUGUAGAAUCCUACUACACAAUUUUGUACAUGUAUCAACUAUUACAGUCAUAAUCUGUUGGCUACGCUCAAUAUUCCAUCAUAUUUACGAGGUACUUUUCAAGGUGUGUUUCAUAAAAACACUAUUUAUUUUAUACCGACAAGCUGUAAUAUCUACGUUUUAUCUCUUCUAAGGGACUUUGGUAUUGUCAAAUGGCAUAGUUUCUUACUAACUAUACGGAGAGCUCCCUCAUUCACUUGGAGAGAGAAAUUAAUCCUUCCAACAAUACAUUCAAUCCAGGUCCCUAUACGCUGAAUGUGUGGUAGGAACCUUUAUUUUACAGAUCAGCACGGUGCUAUUUUAAGUGGUUCGUACAAUUGUUACAAUGGAGGACAGUGCUCAAAUCACUCGCAUUCUUUGCUACCACUGCAAACGUGCAGUGUCUGACAAAUCCUGCUUUGCUGGUGAAGUUAUCCACGUUGACGAAAUGAAGGCUAAACAUUCGGCCAAGGAAUAUUGGCAGGUAGUCAGUGACCAGGUGGUCAAGGAAAAGAAUAGAGCUCAAGCAUUGGCAACAUUGUUUUCCUCAAAAGUGGUGGAGAUUUUCAAGUUUUUAGGCAAGACUUUGGUCGACAUUCCUAUUAACAUGGAGAACAGUAAGGAAAUGCAAUUUGAUUUGUUUUCCAUGCCUCCUUCUAUUCGGAUGUGUCAGGAGUGUUUGUGCUUUUUUUCGAUCGAGCGUUCUUGCCACUGUGAAUCUUGUAUGGGUCCUGAUCAUAUCAGUCACUAUGUGGUCUUGAUGCACGGUGUAGUUGCUGACCCCCUUUGUAUGGCUUUUAUCGCACAAUCGCUUCUUGAAGUUUAUCCACAUCUGUUCAUCUACUUCCCUCACAAAAUUGCUGGUAAGAGUUUGGUUGGAUUGGAACUUGUAGUUAAGACAAUAGGUACGGAGCUCUUGGAACUUUUCUCAAAGAUUCCGCGUAAGAUCAAACUGAGCAUUAUUGGCCAUUCUUUUGGUGGUGUUAUUUUGCGUCAUUGGUACUUUUUUUACUCACGUAAAACACCCGGCAUUCACCAUUACCCGAAGUACUCAAGUGCCAGCGGUAGUACUGGUGAGGAUUCUACAAUCAAGCAAGAUGGUGCAGAGGAUGAAAACCCUCGUGAGGUACCCGAGAUCAUUUGGUGCAAUUACAUGAGUGUGGCUUCACCUCAUGCUGGUAUCUACGAGAAUAAUGCGGCGUUCCGCAAAAUUGUAGGUCUUGUUGGAUCCAAGACUGUGGACGAGCUGGAUAAUGAUUCUGUCGAUUUGUUAUUCCUCGCUAGUCGUGAGUCCAUGGAUGGAAUGAAAAAGUUCAAGAAUGUGGUUGUCUAUGGUAACCUCUCUGGAGACUUUUUGGUUGCACCGCGUACAUCGCUGCUGAUGCCACGUCAUCGCGUGGCCGGCAAGAUGGUCAAGAGCUUUAUUAAGUAUGCUGAGAAGGAUACAGGUGAACCUCAUUCAAUUUGGGAUAUGCUUUCUAAAUGUGAUUUUACGCAGGUCGGUAGUGAUGAUGAGUCAGACAGUGAUGUUGAAAGCUCUGGUUCGUUUGAUAAGGAUUGUAUCAUGGCCAAACUGAUGGAGAGCUUUUACGCCACAGUGGCGUCCUUGAUUAAGAAGACGCAGCACCUGGCCAUGUUUACCGGUAAACCGUACGAACCCGUUAAUGGUGAAAGCAAUGAGGACUUGUGCAAGAGGUACUUCACAUUUGACGACCUCGAGUUCUUCAAGAUGCUGUUCUCACAAAUUGAGGACAAGUCUUCGAAGAAGCUGCUAUCUCGUUUGGCUGCUAGCCCCAAGCUGCUUUACAAUGAAGUCCUUCUAACUGCGCUAUGGGAUAUGGCCCCGAACAAGUAUGCAGUGUAUCUGCCAACACUCAGCCUACCGCACAGGAGCAUUCUCACCCCUCUUGAGGGUAGUCUCUGGCACAAGUACACCAACAAGGUGCUACCGCAAAUUGCCAGCAUCUUUAUCACAUAAACACUUUUACACUCAACAAAUGUUGUA